AUGAGUCGGCGCGAUGCCGCAUUGUUCCUCUACAGCUCAUUGACCGGAGAAGCUGAAGAGGAACUGGAGCAUUGUGAUUUGGAGCGUUUGGAUCAAUCGGACGGCGUCGAAUACAUUGAGCAGACAUUGCAAGCAGGUUUGGCUACAAAGUUGGUAUACCAAAAACGCAAGCUCAUGGCUGAUUACGAAAGCAUUGUUCGACAGCCUUCGGAGUCACUACGAGCAUUUGCAAACAGGUAUCGUCGAGCUGAACAAGCAUUGCAAUCUGUCUCAGUCGAUGUUCGAGGCAUGUAUGACGAAGAGAGCCGGGGCAAUAGGUUGUUGGAACGCAGUCGGCUGCCCCCGGAAAACCAAAGGUUGGUUUUGAUUGGUGCAGGUUACAACUUGUCAUACAGUGCCAUGUGUGAGUCGUUGUGCAUGUCCUUCCCCGAGCACAAGCCACCUCCACAGUUGUUUGGUAAAGAUGGACAGCCCAUCAAGUCACGACAAUUUGGAAAUCCAGGUUCAUCAGCUUCCUCGUCGUCCGCAUCUACCACGACCUCUUCGAGUUUCACGAAGGGCAAGGGAAAGGGCAAAGGUAAGGCUAAGCAUGCCUUUGUCACUGCACAUGACGAUGCAGCAGCCCUUGAUGCCAUCGCUGAAGACGGCGAUGAUGAAGAAGAGUUGAUUCCUGAUCAAGAUGGUCAAGAGUUGGCUGAUGAAGAGUUGUUUGAGGAUCCUGAGGACCCAGAAGAACCUCAGGAGUUGGAAGAUGCAGAUCCCGAGUCAUUGGCACAGGUCCUCACAGUGACCGCUCGAAAGUUGCAGUCGAUGACAUUGGGCAGGAAGUUCAGUGGCACCAAAUCCAUCGAAGAGCGCAAGAAGACUUCGACAUGUUCCGCCUGUGGCCUUCAAGGGCAUUGGGCAGGUGAUGCUGAAUGUGCAGCAAGUCGAAAAGGCAAAGGUGAUUCCAAAGCAAUUGGUAAGAAAGGAAAGCCUUCACCAAUGCCUUCAUCCUCGCAGUCGAAAAAGGUGCUCUUCUCCACGGUCUACCGGGACGAUGGUUCAACCACACACCAUUCAGUACCACCACAGGUUGAGCAACCACCGUUCUUCACCUUUGUCACCUUUUGCAGUGCAUUUGAGGUUUUGUUGAACAAUGAUGCAUUGGCAGGGUUGGCUGGGUUGAUGAUCAUUGAUACCGCACGCCAGCGUAUGUGUUGUGGUCAGUCGUGGUUGCACUCCCAUCAACAACUCCUUGCGCAACACCGCCUUUAUUGCAAGAUGAUCACUGCGCCCGAGGCUUUCCAAUUUGGAGCUGGAGAUCCGAUCACUGCCAAGGACCGAGUUUACACUCCUGUUUGUUUGGACGGUCAUCGCAUGUUGGUUGGAGCAAGCUCUGUUGCAGCAAACAUUCCAUUGUUGGCUUCAAACACGUUUUUGGAAAGCAUGCAUGCAGUCAUUGAUUGUGCCUCACCCACAAUUCAGUUCAAAGCAAUAGAUGUGAGCAUGCAGUUGAAGAAGGUUAAUGGACAUUUGGCAGUUUGCAUUGCUGAUUUCAGUUCACGUGUGCAUGAGUUGGAUGUUUGGAAACAGUUGUCGCAUGAGAAGUUUUGGCACGACCCUCAUCCUGAAGUGAUCUCAUUGCACCCUCGACUUCAGCAGCACUCAAGGCCCGAAGACUCAGCACCUCGAUCUUCGUGCACUGAUGCCUUCCGCUCCUCCACGAUGGAUUCAGGCAUGGAGGAGGAUUGUCCAAUUCCUCAUGAGCAUCGAGUUCACCACCUUCAAGUGGAUGUCAAAGAUGGUGAAGCUGGGCAUGGAACGUCGCUGUUGGCUCACCCUUCGCGAGACCAAUCAGCAGAGGGAGCUCGAUACGCUCAUGGCCAAGAUGAAGAGAGAGCCCCUCAAGAUGCCCACGGAUUGCAGCCAUCCAGAAUGGAAAAGGCACGGCAACAAGCACGGGUCGUUUGCGACGUGCACACUGUGCCAUUGCCGGGUGAAGUGGAUUCCGGAAAAGCAGGCAUGGGAGGCAUCGGCUGGUUGGUCUGUGUCUCAAAGAUCUUCUUUGCCGCAGCCUUGCUCUUUAAAUAUCUUGGAGAAGGCCUCUUCCUCCCAGCCAGCGGCAGUCGGAGCUUCGAGCAAGUGCAAGACCAGGCCCAAGCAGGAACCACCUUCACCUAUGCCUCUUCCACCACCUCCGAUCUCAACCUCUUCUCGGACGGGUUCGAAUCGGCGUUCUCCGAACUCGGUAGCCUACGCCCAACAGGUGGCGGUUUACUCCGACCCGGGCGACGACAUCUCGGACCUGGGCAUGACUAUGAGCGUUCAGAGUGUCCGCAGUCAGGAGGAGGAAGAAGAGUACGACUGGACCCGGACGGAGCAUCAAAGCCGCAUGGACGAGAUGGUCAGCGGUGGAACACCAGGAUCCCUGUUUUGACGCACUCCAAUGACACAGGACAUCGCAAGCAGCUGCUCGGAAAGAUCCGCAAAGCACGACAUGCAGCUGAGAUUGAGAAUGAUUUGUAUGAAGCUCUUGCCACCACACAUCGAACCAAGAGAACAAGAGUUGACAUUCUGGAAACAUUUGCCGGGCGUGGCAUCAUUUCCAAAAGAGCUUCAGCGCAUGGCCUCACAGCAUGCCAGCCGAUGGACUACAACACCGGCUAUGACCUCGCUCAAUCAGAGCGCCAGGCCUACGUCAGGCGCUGCAUCAAACACUAUGAGCCUCUCGUUUUGAUAGAGGAGUUGCACUGCGCACCAUGGAUCUUGAUGCAAGACAAUAUCAACUACAGACAAAAUCCGGCCGGUCCUACAAGAAGCCAUGGAAUGGUGCAAGAUGCAGCAUCAGGCAGGACGAUACUACCUGCUUGA